AUAGGCAUCCAGCUCAGCCAUCCACUCAGUAUUUUAAUAAUGUAUAUCACAGGAGGAACCGGAGGGUAGUUAGUUGAAUUAGCUAACUAAAUAAUAAAUAGCACUUCAUCCCUGCGUGGAUAUUAUUACUAUAAAUAGAAUAAUAGAGGCUGGGAGGUAGGCAGGCUGUCAUUUUCUGUUGAGACUAGACUUUUGGAGAUUGGGCAUCUCGAAUUGUCCCUGAGCAUUGCAUCCCUGUGAGCUGUUCAGUUGGAGAAUAAACCAUUUCGAUCUGUUCUUCUCUUUUUGCUACUGAAUUCUAUCACUGGUAUCAGAGCAUCGUUUCUGGUGACCGAGUCAGUUGUCGCAACACCAGAUUUCCUCGUCGCAGUUGUGGAUGGUUAGGACGAGAGCCAAAAUGGAGAAUCGCGUGGAUUCAUUGGAGCGAAACUACCUGGAGAUGAAAUCGACGAUAGAUAACAUCACUGCAACCUUGGUUGCGAUGAAUGAGCAAUUUCAGUCCAGAGGGAGAUCGCGAUCACCUCAUCAGCUUCGCACACGAACAUCGCACAGUCCGGUAGCAUCCAGAGGAAGAAUUCCAGGAUAGGAGCAGAAAAGGCCUUUGUUUUUUAAGUGUGGAGAAAAGUGGAACAAGGAACACACGUGUAAGUUGAAAAACUACAAGUUGAUAUUGGUAGAAGAUUCAGACAAUGAGGAAGAAGGGGAAGGAACUGAGUAUGAAAUCCCAGUAGAAGAAGAACCUGUCAUGGAAUCUAAGGAAGGCAUACCUCCUAUGAGAGCUUUUAAGGUUCAAGGAUGUUUAAGGUGGGGCAAUGGUGAGAAAAAAGUGGAAGUUCUUAUUGACAGUGGGGCUACCCAUAACUUUAUAUCACAGAGUCUGGUAAAGCAAUUGAAUCUGCCUUAUACUAGCAUCUCAGGAUACAAAGUUCAAAUUGGGAAUGGAGAGAAGGUUUCCAACAAUGGGAGAUGUGAGAACUUGACUUUGUAUAUGCAGGGAACAGAUAUAAGGCAGAUUUUUUACAUGUUAAACCUGGGGGAACUGAUUUAGCGUUGGGAAUGGAAUGGUUGACAAGCUUGGGAGAUGUGGAGAUCAAUUUUCAGAAGCAAAGUAUUAAAUGGAAGGUACAAGGGGUUAAUCAAAGCAUUCAAGGAGAUCCACAGCUAAAUUCCUUAGAGAUUUCAUUGAAAAUCAUGUGACAAAUAAUACAAGACACUGGGGAUGGAUAUCUGAUUUACCAGGAAGGGAGUACAGAACAGUUGGGAGAAGAAAAGGUGAUGGAUCAGAUUUGGAAGGAUAAUGUGGAUGAAUUUCCAGAAGUCUCCAAACCAAUACAGGGAUUACCUCCAAACAGAACUUGUAACCAUGCAAUCAACAUUAAGGAAGGAGCUGAGAUCCCCAACAUAAGACCCUACAGAUACCCACAAUAUCAGAAGACUGAGAUUGAAAAGAUCAUUAAGGAAAUGCUAAGUUCUGGGAUUAUACAGCACAGUAACAGCCCUUACAGCAAUCCCAUUUUAUUAGCUAAGAAGAAAGAUGGGUGAUGGAGGUUUUGUGGAGAUUACAGGGCCUUGAAUAAGAUAACCAUACCAGACAAGUCUCCUAUACCAAUAAUUGAGGAGCUAUUGGAUGAGCUAGGGGGAGCUACUAUAUUUUCCAAGCUAGACCUAAAGUCAGGUUACCAUCAAAUCCGGAUGAAGGAAACUGAUAUUCAAAAGACAGCUUUUAGAACACAUGAGGGGCAUUAUGAAUAUCUAGUUAUGCCUUUUGGGCUCACUAAUGCCCCCUCCACUUUUCAGGCUCUCAUGAACCAAGUAUUAAGGCCAUUCUUAAGAAAAUUUGCAUUGGUAUUUUUUUAUGACAUCCUGGUAUACAGUAAGACUGAAGAAGAACAUCAGGAACAUUUGAGGAAGGUUCUAAGUGCAUUAAAAGAGAAUGAGUUAGUGGUCAAUCUAAAAAAAUGCUCCUUUGGACAGCCACAGUUGGUAUAUUUGGGGCACAUCAUCUCUAGAAAGGGAGUUUCAGCUGAUCCUGCCAAAAUUGAAGCUAUGGUUAACUGGCCAGAACCUAGGGAUUUGAAAGGACUGAGGGGUUUCUUGGGGUUAACAGGCUACUACAGAAGGUUUGUGAAGGGGUACAGUCAGAUUGCAUUACCCCUUGAACAACUUCUUAAAAAAGACAGUUUUUGUUGGGAUUACAAGGCUACUCAGUCAUUUGAAGAAUUGAAGAGGGCUAUGACUUCUGUACCUGUACUAGCUACACCUGACUUUAAUAAAAUGUUCAUUCUAGAAACAGAUGCAUCUGGGACAGGUCUGGGGCAGUCCUAAUGCAAGAGGGGAAACCAAUUGCAUACAUGAGCAAGGAAUUGUCAAAGAGGAAUCAAAGUAGAUCUGUUUAUGAAAGAGAGCUCAUGACUAUUGUUUUG